AACCCCAACUCUUUCUAAUAAGACCUGUAAGAGUAGAAUGUUAAUAUCUGAGACCUAACUGGUAUCGAGCAGCUGCAUUGAACAGUAUUAACACCGUUAGCCUGCAUGUUUUGAGGACUAUGUGAAGCUAGAUCUAAGUAAAUGGAGUUUUUCUUUGUGUCAGUCAACGAAACAUUUUGUCCCCCAUUCAGAUGAGUUCUUUUGGAGAUUAAACAGUUGGAGAGGAAAAUGACAUCGAUUAUCAAGUUGACUACCCUCUCGGGGGUGCAGGAGGAAUCUGCCCUCUGCUAUCUUUUGCAAGUAGAUGAGUUUCGUUUUCUUUUGGACUGUGGCUGGGAUGAAAACUUUUCUAUGGAUAUUAUUGACUCUCUGAGGAAGCAUGUACACCAGGUUGAUGCUGUUCUCCUUUCCCACCCUGACCCUCUACACCUUGGUGCACUUCCAUAUGCAGUUGGAAAAAUGGGAUUGAAUUGUGCCAUUUAUGCAACUAUUCCUGUAUAUAAAAUGGGACAGAUGUUUAUGUAUGAUCUCUACCAGUCCCGCCACAACACUGAAGAUUUCACACUCUUUACAUUGGAUGAUGUAGAUGCAGCCUUUGAUAAGAUACAACAGCUGAAGUUUUCUCAGAUUGUGAACUUAAAAGGCAAAGGACAUGGUUUGUCAAUCACACCAUUGCCAGCUGGUCACAUGAUAGGAGGCACAAUUUGGAAGAUUGUCAAGGAUGGGGAGGAAGAAAUUGUUUAUGCCGUUGAUUUCAACCACAAGAGGGAGAUCCAUCUGAAUGGAUGUUCCUUGGAAAUGUUGAGCAGGCCUUCAUUGCUUAUUACAGAUUCAUUUAAUGCUACUUAUGUACAACCCAGGAGGAAGCAAAGGGAUGAACAGCUGCUGACUAAUGUUUUGGAGACAUUACGAGGUGAUGGAAAUGUGUUAAUAGCUGUGGAUACAGCAGGCAGAGUUCUGGAACUUGCUCAGCUUCUUGAUCAGAUCUGGAGAACAAAAGAUGCAGGAUUGGGAGUGUACUCUCUUGCACUUUUGAAUAACGUCAGCUACAAUGUAGUGGAGUUCUCUAAAUCACAGGUGGAAUGGAUGAGUGACAAGUUGAUGAGGUGCUUUGAAGACAAGAGAAACAACCCUUUCCAGUUCCGCCAUCUCUCCCUGUGUCACAGCCUGUCUGAUCUGGCUCGAGUGCCCAGCCCCAAAGUUGUUCUGGCCAGUCAGCCUGACUUGGAGUGUGGGUUCUCUAGAGAUCUUUUCAUUCAGUGGUGCCAGGAUUCCAAAAACUCCAUCAUUUUAACUUAUCGCACUACACCUGGAACAUUGGCACGAUUCCUGAUUGAUAAUCCUUCUGAAAAAGUUAUAGAUAUUGAGUUGAGAAAACGGGUCAAGUUGGAAGGAAAAGAACUUGAGGAAUACCUAGAAAAGGAAAAACUAAAGAAAGAGGCAGCUAAGAAGUUAGAGCAGUCUAAAGAGGCAGAUAUUGAUUCCAGUGAUGAGAGUGAUGCUGAGGAGGAUAUUGACCAGCCAACUUUACAUAAGACCAAACAUGAUUUGAUGAUGAAAGGUGAAGGUAGCCGGAAAGGAAGCUUCUUCAAACAGGCAAAAAAAUCUUAUCCAAUGUUUCCAGCUCCUGAAGAAAGAAUUAAAUGGGAUGAAUAUGGUGAAAUUAUCAAACCUGAGGAUUUUCUAGUUCCAGAGCUUCAAGCAACAGAAGAAGAAAAAAGCAAAUUAGAGUCUGGUUUGACAAAUGGAGAGGAGCCUAUGGACCAGGAUUUAUCAGAUGUUCCUACCAAGUGUAUUUCUGCAACAGAAUCCAUGGAAAUUAAAGCCAGAGUUACAUACAUUGACUAUGAAGGACGUUCAGAUGGGGACUCAAUUAAAAAAAUUAUUAACCAAAUGAAACCAAGACAACUGGUGAUUGUCCAUGGCCCACCUGAGGCCAGUCAGGACCUUGCAGAAUGCUGCAGAGCUUUUGGUGGAAAAGAUAUUAAAGUUUACAUGCCCAAACUUCAUGAAACUGUAGAUGCUACAAGUGAAACACACAUUUACCAGGUCAGAUUGAAAGAUUCUCUUGUCAGCUCUCUUCAGUUCUGUAAAGCCAAGGAUGCUGAGCUGGCUUGGAUAGAUGGUGUUCUGGACAUGAGGGUUUCAAAGGUGGAUACUGGAGUUAUUUUGGAAGAGGGAGAGUUGAGGGAAGAUGAAGACUUAGAGAUGCAAGUGGAUGUGCCUUCUUCAGACUCGAGUGUGAUUGCACAACAGAAGGCCAUGAAAAGCCUCUUUGGUGACGAUGACAAGGAGAUGUGCGAGGAGAGUGAGAUCAUUCCUACUUUGGAACCUCUGCCACCUCAUGAGGUUCUUGGGCAUCAGUCUGUGUUUAUGAAUGAGCCAAGACUGUCUGACUUCAAGCAGGUUCUCCUGAGGGAAGGUAUACAAGCUGAAUUUGUUGGAGGAGUGCUUGUGUGCAACAACCUGGUGGCUGUCCGCAGGACUGAAACAGGGCGUAUUGGAUUGGAAGGCUGCCUCUGCCAGGACUUCUAUAGGAUAAGAGACCUUUUAUAUGAGCAAUAUGCUAUUGUCUAAGAAAAGUGCUGCAAAGGUGUUUUCACUUGAACUUCUACAGACAAAGGAGGUUUCUCCCAGUUCUGACUUUUUGUAGUUUUCUAAUUUAUACAGGGAAACCUAAUUCACAAAGAUCAGUUAGCUGCCAUGAACAUGUGAGUGACUGCUACUGUUGUUCAUAAAUCUGUUGGUACAUUCCAUGUAGUUGACUCUUAAACUGUUACAACUUGGCAUCUCCCACAUAACACAUUAUAAAUGAGUUUAUGACUAUGAACGCUUCUCAGGAGAGGUUCAAUUUGUCAGGGCAUGUUUUGGUUUCACAGAUUUCCUGUCAAAGAGUACGAAACAUGUGAAAGUCAUUCUUUUGUUCUAAAAUAAGAUUGGAUAAAGAGCUUUGGUUUCUUUGGUUUUGUUCAGUUUCUGUGAGGUUGUUUUUUGUUUUUGGUUUUGGUUGCUUGGGGUUUUUUUUAGUAAGUUUGAUUUAGGGAAAAGUAUCUCCCUCUUUUGUUUUUAAAUUGGGUUUAGUUGAAGUACAUUAUUAACAGCCCACUUAAAGCUAGACUGCUUAAAGUUACCCCAGUGUUUAUCUGGCUGCAUCUUAAUGCUGUAUCUCUUCCAUCUUACUGAUUUGUUCUGAAACAGCAUUUCAUAUUGUAAUCUGCAGGAUAAAAAAAUUACUUGGGCAAUUACUCUAAGAAGAUUGGAUUAUAUUUUCAGGUAGUUUAAAAUGCAGUAAUUAUGCUUCAGAGUAACUGCUGUGCAAAAUUACAGAAUUCAUAACUCCUAACUCUUGCAAAAUUAUGCCAAUUAUAAAAACUUUUCUAAGUUCUGAUUUUAAUACUUUUCAAAGUCUAAAGCCUUUAUCCAUGCACUGCUGUUUGUUCAGAGUGCCAUGAGCCACGUUCAGGAAGAUCUUUUCUCUUGAAAUCUGUUCAUGUAAUGUAUUUAAUGAUUUUGUACCAUGUUCUGUUCUAGAUGACAGUAAGACUUAUUGUAGCUGCUGAUGCUAGGGAUUUACCUUACCUUUUAGGUAAGGAUAAACACAUCAUUGAGUUCAUUAAUUUCUCAAAAAUUAAGUUAUGAAAACAAAUGGCCUCUUAAGUUUAUUUAAUCCUUUUUCCCCCUAUCCGUGUGUGAAACACCAGUUUUGGCAGUGGAGGGUUGUUUGCUUUUUACAUAAAACAAUGUAAUAUAUGCUCUUUGUGUGUGUGCUUAAAUAAAACCUUUUGAAAAAGUGGCAAAAAAUAGCCCUGUGGGCUGUCAAUGGAAAGAUAAUUUACUUUGCAAUUCAUUCUCAACAAAAAAUUUGUCUGAUCUACAGACUAUUUUGUUUAAAAUAGUAGAUUAAAAGUGAAGACUGUAUUAAACAGUUGAUAGAACUGUAUACUAGAAAUGUAAAAAACUUGAAAAUACAAUACUGAGUGAGAAUGUAUUUUCUUACACAAAGUCUGGGUUUUUUUCUUAACAAUCUAGAAAAAAUGUGUAUUUCCUUAUAUUGACAUCCAGAACUUCAUAGAAAUGCUCUGGUUUUGUAGCAAUGCUAUGUAAAUCUAUAUGAUGCUGCAUACUUGUUGCUGAAUACUGUUGUAUUACUACUAUUGUUUAUACUAGUGAACUUUUAUAAAGUGAGUUACUUUGUACAUAAU